AUGGAAGAGUUGGAUUUUGGUUCAAAUUCACUCCAAGGACUAAUUCCCCAAUGGAUUUGCAACUUCACAGAUUUGUAUUUAUUAGAUUUGUCCAACAACCAUUUCACUGGCUCGAUUCCUCAAUGUUUGAAGAAUUAUCAUCUCAGUGGGUUAAAUCUGAGAAACAACAGUCUAAGUGGAUUUCUGCCAGAGUUAUGCAUGGAUAACACUAUGCUACGAUCACUUGAUGUCAGCUACAACAAUUUGGUGGGGAAGCUUCCAAAAUCUUUGAUGAAUUGCCAAGAUAUGGAAUUUCUGAAUGUGAGGGGAAACAAGAUCAAUGACACGUUUCCAUUUUGGUUGGGCUCUCUACAAUACUUAACGGUUCUUGUGCUCCGAUCAAAUGCAUUCUAUGGUCAUGUCUAUAACUCCUCUGCCUAUUUAGGGUUCUCAAGUAUGAGGAUCAUUGACAUAUCCGAUAACAACUUCGUUGGAUCGUUACCACAUGACUAUUUUGCCAAUUGGACUGAAAUGUCAAAGGUGUUUGAGAGUAAUGAAGACAUACCAGAGAUGAACUACAUGAGCUUUAAAUCUUCCACCGCGUAUGAUUUCGUUGAUUUGGUGUACAAAGGAGUAGACACAGAUUUUGUUCGGAUUUUCAAAGCCUUGAGAGUCAUUGAUUUUUCUGGAAACCAAUUUUGCGGAUAUAUCCCUAGAAGCAUUGGUCUAUUGAGCGAAUUGCGUCUUCUCAACUUGUCUAGCAAUGGAUUCACAGGAAACAUCCCACCAACCUUGGAAAAUAUUACAAAGCUCGAGACAUUAGACCUAUCGCGGAAUAACUUGUCAGGUGAAAUUCCUCAAGGUCUCGGGAAGCUCUCGUUUCUGUCCGUAAUCAACUUCUCCUACAAUCAUCUUGAAGGACUGGUGCCACAGAGUACACAGUUUGGAAGUCAAAAUUGUUCUUCAUUUGUGGGUAAUUUGGGACUAUAUGGCCUCGAGAAUAUUUGUGGAGAAAGCCAUCAACCCGAUGAUGAAUCCUCGUCUGAACCAGAAGAACCAAUGCUUAAUUGGAUAGCAGCCAUGAUAGCAGUUGGACCUGGUGCGUUUUGUGGAUUAGUGUUUGGACAUAUCUUCACUUCAUACAAACACGAGUGGUUUAUAGCUCGUUAA